GUGCGUUGACGAUAUUAAACUGUAUUGGUGAGUGAUCACAUGUUGUGGGUCCAGUUUCCUCGAAGCGCUGUGUAAAACCACGUGACGCAGCUCUCCGUGGUGUCAGAGUGGAAAAGAAACAGGUGUUAUUCCUUUGUAAAUACUGUUAUUUGUAUAUACUGUAAAUGAUGACGUCCAUGGGCGGGAACCGAGCCCGGGGCAGCUGGGAGCAGACACAGGGCCAGACACAGAGCCAGACACAGCACAAGCAGAGGCCUCAGGCUACCGCAGAGCAGAUCCGACUUGCGCAGAUGAUUUCAGAUCACAAUGAUGCAGACUUUGAAGAGAAGGUCAAACAGCUGAUUGACAUCACAGGCAAAGACCAGGAUGAGUCUAUGAUCGCGCUGCACGAUUGCAACGGGGAUGUCAACAGAGCCAUUAACGUGUUGCUGGAGGGUAGCCCAGACACUGACUCUUGGGAAAUGGUGGGGAAGAAGAAAGGUGUGUCAGGCCAGAAGGAGACUAGCCAAGCAGAGACCGGAGAGGAAGGAAAAGAGAACAGGGAGAAAGGAGGAGAGAAAGAUGUAGCACGUCGUCGGGGUGGAGCUCCACGCAAGGGCCGCGGAGCCAGCAGGGGACGAGAGUUUCGUGGUCAGGAGAAUGGCUUGGAUGGCAGCAAGGCCGGCGUCGCUGGAAGAGGUGCAGAGCGAGGCCGAAGGGGAAGAGGCAGAGGAAGAGGGGCUGUUGGAGUAUCUGGACGGCGAGGAGGCAGAUUUUCAGCGCAGGGCAUGGGCCAGAUUGAUAAGGGGCCCAGAUAUGAUAUUGCAGGAGGUGAGAGAACAUUCAACCCUGCUGACUAUGCAGAGCCAGCCCAGACAGAAGAAAACUAUGGAGGGGGCAGCACCUGGAACAACACGGGAAGCAUGGAGCUGGAGGAGGGAGCUAGGUUGGAAUACUCUGCAGGAGAGGGAACAACUUACCCACCCAAGUUUGACUCUGCUCCUGGUACCUGGAGGACAGAAGAGUGGGGCACUGAGGAGUGGAAUGAGGAGCUUACAGAGACCAAGAUAUUCACAGCUUCCAGUGUGGCGUCCAUGCCUCUGCCUCAAGAGAAUGUUACCAUUACCAAAGGACAGAGGAUUGACCUUGCGGUGCUCCUGGGGAAGACUCCCCCAUCCUCCUCCUCAGAGACAGAAAACCCCCCCAUGGAGGCCACCCAGCCUCCCUCCUUGUCCCAAUCACUGGUUUUCAGCAAUUCCAAGCAAGGGGUGCCACUCUCCCAAACAUCCUCCAGCACCCCUUACACCCAGCACAGCAUGGUCAGCAUGCUGAGCAAAGGCUUUGGGGAUGUGGGGGACCCUAAAGGAGGUAGCACAGGGACCACUGGCUCUCAGUUCCUGGAGCAGUAUAAAACAGCCCAGGCACUGGCCCAGCUGGCAGCCCAGCACUCCCAGACAGGACCUCCCAACACAGCCCCUUCAUCCUGGGACACCAGUGCCACCUCACUGGGACAAUAUGAUAUGAAGACUCAGCCGGAGUCAGCAGUCCAUACGCCCUUUACGAAGCGGCAGCCGUACCAGGCCGCCACCUCAACCUCGUCCAUGUUGGAUGUUUUCCUGCAGGACAAAGGCCUGCCUCCUUCCUCCUCUGUCUCCUCGUCUUCUUCCUUACCCCAACAAACAACAUCCUCACCCCAUGUGGCGCCUCCGCCUGCUUCCUCUCUUCCCAAAAUGGCAGCAGUCCCUUCUCUAGGUCAGCAAGUUUCUCCAAGCUCUUCAGAUGCCCAGGGUUCAAGUCCACUGCCUCUGCAGCAACACAAACUCAAACAACAGAAGAAGAGGACAUCCAUUACAACAAAGAUUCCAGCAAUGGCAGUGGAGAUGCCUUGCUCAACAGACAUCUCGGGCCUCAAUCUUCAGUUUGGAGCGCUGCAGUUUGGGUCAGAACCAGUUCUACCAGAGUAUGAGUCCACCCCUUCCACCACGACACCAGCCAACCAAGUUCAGAACAGUCUCUACACAAGCCCCAGCAGUGAGUCGACUCCAGCUCUCUCCAACUCCAGCCAGAUGGACCUGUAUGAUCAGAGAGCACCUCAGGCACGGCGCUACCCUCCUUCAGUCUCCUCCUCCCCUCAGAAGGAUAUGCAGCCCAAGAAUGGCUUCAAUUCAAUACAAGCAACGCAAUCUGUGGAAGCUGCAGCAGGCUCUGCAGUAUCAGUCAAGCCAGCCUCUGAUUCAGUCACGCCGGCAUCUGUCUCCAGCAUGGGCACUUUGACGGACAGCGGCUCGGGCCCUGCCUCCUUGUUGGCCACAUCCAAUCAGACAUCCCUUAGCGCUCUUGGGCACAGUGAAGACCUGCCUCCAAGCACCAUUCCCCCUCCUCAGCACAACAACUCUCACCCAUCACAACAGAACAGCCUUGCUCCAUCCUCAGUCCGGACAUCCAACUCAAGCUUACUGCAUCCCAGCGUAGACGGUGACUCAAGCCUGCACUCCUCCUCCUUUCCUUCCUCCGUGUCAGCCGUGGCGUCUUCAUCAGUCCCCUCCUCCUCUUCCUCCGCGGCUGCUGCGGCACAGGUGUCCCUCGGCGCCCCUCAGGCCUCCUCGGUGGGCUCUGCCACAGUUUCGGCUCCUUCCGGCCUUGGCCCCGUCAGCAGUCUGGCCAUGGGCCUCAACACUGCCUCCAUGGGCGCCCCAGCUGCAGCAGCCACCACAGUUUCGGUCUCUACGACGGCUUCAACCAUUCCCUCUUCGGCUACUUCCUCAUCUACGCGCAGCUCUGCAGCAUCCUCAGGGAAAGCACCUCCAAACCUGCCACCCGGAGUGCCCCCACUACUGCCCAACCCAUACAUCAUGGCCCCGGGACUACUGCACGCCUACCCUCCUCAGGUGUACGGCUAUGAUGACCUACAGAUGCUGCAGACAAGAAUACCGCUGGAUUAUUACAGCAUCCCCUUUGCAACUCCCACAACAGCACUGACUGGCAGAGAGGGCAGUCUGACGAGUAACCCUUAUUCUGGUGACUUAUCAAAGUUUGGUCGAGGUGAUGCAUCAUCCCCUGCUCCAGCCACCACAUUAGCUCAGACACAACAGAACCAGACCCAGACACAUCACACCACACAGCAGACCUUCCUCAACCCGGCGCUGCCGCCUGGCUACAGCUACACGAGCCUCCCAUACUACACUGGCAUGCCAGGCCUGCCCAAUACCUUCCAGUACGGACCUGCUGUGUUUCCGGUGGCUCCUACCUCGUCAAAGCAGCACGGUGUGAAUGUCGGCGUCAAUGCAUCAGCCACACCUUUCCAGCAGGCUAGUGGCUACGGUUCCCAUGGAUACAGCACUGGCUAUGAGGAUGUGGGCCAGGCUUCAGGGAGUGGGGAUUUCUGUAAGGGCGGAUACGGCACUGCCGUGGCCGCUGCCGCUUCUGCACAAAACAAGCCAGCCAGCUCUGUCACCGGGCCUGGAGUCGGAGUCUCUGUGACAUCAAGCAACACGGGGGUACCAGAUAUUUCAGGGUCUGUUUACACAAAGACGCAGUCAUUUGAGAAGCAGGGUUUCCACGCCGGCACGCCGGCAGCUUCGUUCAGCCUGCCCUCGGCUUUAGGGAGCGGGGGACCCAUCAACCCCCCGGCUGCCGCUGGCUACGCCCCGGCCCCUUUCAUGCACAUCCUGGCACCGCAUCAACAACCCCAUUCUCAAAUUCUGCACCACCACCUGCAGCAGGACGGACAGAGCGGCACUGGACAGCGCAGCCAGAACGCCUCCAUUCAGCAGAAGUCUCAGAUCAACAAGUCUGCAUACAACAGCUACAACUGGGGGGCAAACUAACAUCCGGCAUCAGGGCCCCUUCCCCACCCCUCACGGUCGACAGAGGCGAGGAGGGGGCUCAUCACUCCUUCCGCAAACAGUCUCCACAUAUAAAUUCCCUCUUCCUCCUGCAGAGAUUUCCCUCCCCAGUCUCUUGGCCCAGCACUCCUGCAGCUCUGACCAGUGUGGUCAGAGGAGGUGCUGUGCCGAGAGAACGAGCACUGUAAUGAUGCAUGGAUGAGUGGGAGGGACAGGAGGGGCUUAGAAGAGAGGGGAGAUUGGAGCUUAAAUGGUUAUAGAAAUACACCGAUAAAGAGGUGAAAUAUUGAGUGUUGGGAAUUUGUAUCAUGUUAAACCGCCCCCACCCCGCCCCGCCCGGCCUACCCCUUUUUCUUUCACUUGUAUGUAACAUAGAACUGUUUUCUAAAAGAAUGAACGUUUCCUGUGCUUUUUUUUUUUUUCUUUUUUGUCUUUUCUCCCCUUUUUUUUCUUGCUGGUGGGGAGGAAUGAAGUAAUAUCUGAAGGUGGGGGGACAGGCUGGUUUUGUAUUUCUCACCCUCAACUCCCCACUCCUUAAUUUUGGUGGAAAUUCUUCCCUCCCACACACAAAAAAUCCAAACGCAGUAGUUUGAUUAAUUGCUGUUAAAUGUUUUUUUGUUUGUUUGUUUUUUUUUUUCAUUUUUAUGUCAUUUUAAGUUUGAAGAAACAAUUCUCUAAACUGGUAGAGUUGUGAAGUUUAUUUUUUACCAAAUAUAGAUAUAUUAUAUAUAAAGACAUAUAAGCGAGCUCACUGGCUUGGACUGUGAGGAAAGUGUGUUUGUCAUGUGACUGCGUGCAUGUUUGUACACACAGGGGCCGUGGUUGUGUACUGUGCUUUGUUUUUUGCCUAGCACAGGAUUUUUCAUUAUCCAACACUUGUACAGUAACUGUUCCCAUGAAUUAUAAAUAAUAUGUUGCAUAAAGGUCGCACCCUAAUUCUGCAAGAGAUGUUGAGAAUGAUUUCCAAGGCCAAUACACACCCAGUCUGCCUUCCAGUGUGUUUUUUGUUUGGUUUUGAGGCCCCCCCACCUCCUCCCUGCUCCACCACCUGUCCCCCUGUCAUUGUAAGGAAAACUGCAGCAUUGAAUACUGAUGGACAGAAUUGUACUAUGGGUUUUUUUUGUCAGUGAUUUAUUUUUUUUCUUUUUGUACUGUGCGUUUUAAAAAAAAAAAUUUAAAUGGAUAAACUUGUCUUGUACAUAUAUAAAAAAAACACAAGUACUGUAGUCCCUGUUUGUUCGAUGGCUUUCUCCUUUUCCUUCUCAAAUCCUUGCAGACUUGUUAGCUUUUUGUUUCAUAUAUUUUUUUUUAUUUUGUAAAAAUAUAUAAAUAUUAAGUAAAUAAACAAGAAAAAGACAUUUUCAUCAUUUUGGAUGUGAAUGUCUUUUAAGAAACUAUAUUUGUUUCUCAUGUGGCUUGUAAAUACAGCAGCAGCAUCUUCCAGUGUUUGUGUGUGUGUUGCUGAAAGCGGGCUGAGGCUGGUUAAUUGACAUACACUGUAAAAAGAAGCUUGUGCCAUUAAGUGUUUAACACAUCUGAAACCAUCUGACUCAGAGGCUUUAGGGUUGGUUUCUGUUAUAGGCUUGAGUUAUCUAACAGACUCCAGGGGAUCAGCAGUACCAAAUUAAACUCCAAACACAGCA